CGCUCACUUCAGCUCAAAUUUCAGCUGCGAUGGUCUCUGCCUACCGUGUGGACAGUCUCAAAAAUCCUACUCUUGCUUUGCAAGACUUCCACAAGGAAUGCUCAUCCGAACAAAUCGACAGCUUCCCUCGCCUGGUCUCAGAACACUACUCACAAGUCUUUGGCGCGCCUGACGCCUUCAACGAAAUACCUACUUUGGAUAUCCACAACCCACCCGACACGUUCCCGGAUCGCGCGCUCGUCCGCUUCCGAGCGAUGGUCCAGGACACGUCUACCUCUUCAGAGAUGUAUCUAUCAAAGUCUAGAAGCGGUGCAUGCGGAGGGUGGGCGAUUGAGUUUACAGACGAGGAGGACGGUCAUGUCGACUUCGCUGAUCUGCGUGAGUGCACUGUCCUAUGGGCUGUCAGUAUUCCAGCGGAGUCGGCGUGGUGCGCAAAGGAACUAGAUGGUCCAGUUGACCAUCAAGAAAGAGUGAUUCCAUCUAGCUCGCGGAUACCCUAUAAGCCACAGCACUCGCACAAGUAUCCGCAUCCUUCUGUCUCCCAUCUCGGAGUGCAAGUAAAGAUAUAUGAUGCGGAAAGCUUCGAGAAACUGAAAACAACUGACUUAGUUACAUUUGUUGGAAUCUUGACUAAUGAUCUGCUCAGUUCUGGUCUUGACGCGGCAGUGGAUGUUCCAACUCUUCAUGUGCUCUUUGUCCAGCAACACCCGCACAAUCUGCUAUCUCGUCCUUACCCGUCGUUCGAAAAAGCAGAAUCCUCCCACCCCGACGUAUCUGUUGACAGAAGAAUUGAACGCGCGACCGCAGGUCCCAACCUCUCUGAGGUCAGGUCGCAACUGAUCGACUGGAUAGCGGAGGAAGCACUAGACGGAGACCGUGACGCAGCCGAAUGGGUGUUGCUAGCAUGUAUAGCUCGUGUGCAAUCUCGCAAUCCGCCGCUUCUUCCUCCAUCACUGAAUCUCGCGCAUUUCCCUUCAUCUCCGCCUGUUCCGUCAACGAACGCGGGGCCUGUCGUGCCCAUUCCAACACUUUCUGUGGUUCUCGCGGAGCUUCUUACGCUCACACAUACGUUGCCACUUUCACUGCCGCUACUCAACAAAGACCCCUUUGCGCCUGAGAGCAAAGAUGAGGAUCUGCAUUCGGGCGCAUUGCAGUUGCCGCAGGGUACGGUUCUUCUCGUUACGGAGGACGGUAUACAAGAGGGAAGGCUUGUCGACCGAGGUGUCUUGAACGUACGGGCGCUGCAAGAAGUGAUGACUACGCAAACAUUGUCAUACGCAUUCCCGUUUUCAGCAUUCUCCUUUCCGACCGACAUCGCUUGUAUCAUUCUGAGUGAGGGAAGCAAAAGCGCAUUCUUCAAGGCAAGUUUCCAUUCAUGUACCGACAUUAACAUCCCAUUGCGGGCAGCGAAGUCCCCUCAAGCAGUGGCCAAGCUGUAUAAGCCCGCAGAGAGUAUCACGAUGCCAGAUCCCGAGCGGCUCGCAGCGUUCCGCGACCUUAUUGCCGGCGCCCGCUCAGGGAGGGUGCAAGUUAACGAAGAAACGUCGGAGCACAUCCAACAAGACUUCGUACGAGAACGGCAGCAGAAUCAGUCCGUCACGUCCGACGACCUCAUUCGCCGCAUGACAGUCGCCAAACUGUAUGCACUGUCGAUGCAUGAGACAACAUUGUCUAUCGAUGUCUGGGAGCUCACGAAGGCGUUCGACGAACGCCGGCGAGGGGCGUGUGCCUCAAACACCGCGGAGGCAAAGUCGUAGGACUCUGACGCUCAGCAUUCGAGAGAAGGCUUGCAUCCUUCGUAACAUGGGACACAUUGUGUACAUCCCAACGGACGCAUAAGAUU